AUGGCGCCCGCCGGCGAUGAUGCACCACAACCUUCGGCCGCCGCGCCUCCUCUCCAACCACCACCUCCUCUUUCAUCUGAUCCCCAGCAAGACCAGGUGCAGGUGCAAUCCCCGUCAUCCACUACACCGCCGCCACCGCGAGGCUUAAGUAGGCGCGUGUCCUACGAUGAGCGCUCGCCAACGUCGCCGCGCUCCCUCUCCCGGAGGCAAAGCACCAACGAGCGCAUCAAUGAAAUACUAGAGAACGCAAGAGGCCGCGCAGAAGCAAUGGGCGGCGCACUCUCCGCCUCCAGGUCCGCCCCCGCCAGCCCUCCGCGCCAUCGCUCCCGGGAUGACGGCACCCACGAUGAGACCGUCGGCAUCAUCUCCCGCGGCCCGGACCGCAACUACCAGAGCAUGAAUGCCGCGCCCCCGGCGCCAAUAGCCACAGCUACGGCGCCCGAGCUGCGGCCCCGCAAGUCCAUUCGCACCACACACAACCACCUACCCUCGCAGACGGAAGAGGACGAGGAGGACUACGAUGCUGUGGUCGCGCGAGAGGAACGGGCGAGGGCGGCGCAGCUGAAGGAACCAUGGUACACCAUCUUCCUGUCCAGCUUCCAGAGCAUUGAGCUCGAGAACAAGGGAAGCGUGGCCCGAGACCAUUUGGCGUUAGAGCGAACCUUUCUCGCCUGGCUCCGUACCUCCCUCGCGUUCGCCUCCAUUGGCAUUGCUGUCACGCAACUCUUCCGCCUCAACUCAUCCAUUUCCAACCCUGACUCCAGCAGCCACACCCUGCGCCAGCUCGGCAAGCCGCUAGGCGCGACCUUCCUCGGCAUCAGCAUUCUGAUCCUCUUCCUCGGAUACCAGCGCUACUUUCGCGCCCAGCAAUGGGUCAUGAAGGGCAAGUUCCCCGCGAGCCGAGGCACCAUUAUCAUCGUGUCCAUGGUGGCAUUCGCCCUCAUGGCGGUGAGCUUGGUGGUUGUCAUAGUAGUCGGCCCCACCGGCAACGAAAAGUAA